CAUUGUCGUGCAGCAGCCCCUGAACCUCCGCAUGUGAAACCCCAUCGGCCUCUUCGUACGGCACCCUAGCUGAAGACGAAACAUGCCAGCUAAAGGCCCUCUGCAGUCUGUCCAGGUGUUUGGACGUAAAAAAACUGCCACAGCAGUUGCCCACUGCAAGAGGGGGAAUGGCCUGAUCAAGGUCAACGGCAGACCCCUGGAGAUGGUGGAGCCUGCUACGCUCCAGUACAAGCUUUUGGAGCCAGUGCUCUUGCUUGGUAAGGAGCGUUUUGCUGGAGUGGACAUCAGAGUCAGAGUGAAGGGUGGUGGACACGUCGCACAGAUCUAUGCCAUCCGCCAGGCCAUCUCCAAGUCCCUGGUUGCAUACUAUCAGAAGUGUAAGUAAUGAAGUUUUUUUUUUUUUUUUUU